AUGUCUACACUUCCGUCAUCAGAGCCACCUGAUCAAAUCUCAGCAGAGAGCAUCCUGAAGGAUAUUUACGCCAAACGUACCCAAUUGAAGAUCAAGUCCACUACCACCCCAAAAGUUGACAUUCUAGAUUUGGAAGAGUUAAAGGAAUUCCAAAGACGUAAACGUACCGAAUUUGAAACUUAUUUGAAAAGAAACAGACUUGACAUGGGACAAUGGAUCCGAUAUGGCCAAUUUGAAAUAGAGCAACAUGAUUGGAAAAGGGCUCGUUCUGUUUACGAGAGAGCUUUAUUGGUUGAUAGCUCGUAUAUACCCCUGUGGAUUCGUUAUAUUGAUAAUGAAUUGAAAAAUAAAUUCAUUAAUCAUGCUAGAAAUUUACUGAAUAGAGCCAUUACUAUAUUACCAAGAGUGGAUAAACUAUGGUAUAAAUAUUUGUUUGUAGAGGAAUCAUUACAAAAUUGGGAUAUUGUAAGAGCUUUGUUUAGGAAAUGGUGCUUAUUGGAGCCAAAAUCUAAUGCAUGGGAUUCAUUUAUUCAAUUUGAAAUUAGACAAGAAAAUUGGGAAAAUGUUAGGGACGUAUUUUCACAAUAUGUGUUAGUACAUCCACAAAUUGAUACUUGGUUACAAUGGGUGAAAUUUGAAACUGUCCAUGGGGAUAUUGACACUAUUAGGAGCGUUUACUCGUUGGCAUUAGACACUUUAAUCAGUUUUGAAGAUAGAAAUACAUCGUCCCCGGUGCUUCAUGAUGAUAUUAUAGAUCUUAUUAUAUCUUUCGCAAACUGGGAAGCUACUCAAUUAGAACUGGAAAGGGUAAGAGCUCUCUAUAAUAUUUCGUUAGAUAAAUGGCCUGAAGAGAAGAAAUUACAAGAUGGUCUCGUUGAUUUUGAGAAAAAACAUGGUAAUACAUCUACAAUGGAAGAAAGUAUUAUAGGGAAACGGAAAAGAGAAUAUGAGACGUAUUUAUUGAAAAAUCCUCAAGAUUAUGAUACUUGGUGGUUAUAUUUUGAUCUAUUACAAGACAACUUCCCGCAUGAUAUUCUAAUACACGCAUAUGAUAAAUUCCUUGUGGGUUUCACGCAAUUUAAACCCAAAGAUGGGACAAAAACAAUAAAAUGGCAACGAUAUAUAUAUUUAUGGAUUAGGUAUCUAAUAUUUUUGGAAUUGGAAACAGAUGAUAUAGAGAAAUGUCGAACUUAUUACAAGAUGUUAAUAAAUGAAGUAAUACCGAAUAAAAAUUUUACUUUUGGUAAAAUAUGGAUACUUUAUAGUGAAUUUGAAAUAAGGCAUAAUGGUUUAACGGAAGCAAGGAAAAUUCUAGGGAGGUCAAUUGGAAUGGUCCCUAAGGAUAAAUUAUUCAUGAAAUAUAUUGAAAUUGAAAUGAACUUAAAAGAAUUUGAUCGUGUAAGGAAACUUUAUGAAAAAUAUCUACAAUUCAAUCCUGGAAAUUUGAAUACAUGGAUAUCAUAUAUUGAAUUAGAAGCGAGUUUAGGUGAUGAUGAAAGAGUUAGGGCUUUGUAUAAUAUUAUUCUUGAGGAAGACAAUAAAAAUUUCAUUAGCAACUUUUUACCAAAUGAAUCCAGACUGCAAAUGAUGAAGAAAUUCAUUGAUUUUGAAACAGAAGAACAAGAAUAUGAUAACGCAAGAGAAUUAUAUGAGAAAUAUUUGAAAUUAAGCGACUAUUCUCCUGAAAUAUGGAUUUCAUUUGCCAUGUACCAAAACUCUACACCAACCAAGGAACAACUGCAAGAUAUCAGAGAACGUCUUGAAAAUGAAGAAGAAAAUGGAAGUGAUGAGGAACAAGAGAUAGAAUUUGAAAUUAGUGAAGUUAAUAAAGAGAAUGCAAGAUCAGUUUUCGAGAAAGCUAUUGAAUUUUAUAAAACACAACAUGAUACAAAGAGAAGAAUAUUGAUGUUAGAGGCAUUUCAAGGAUAUGAAGAAACGUAUGGUACUGAGGAAACUAAAGAACGUCUUUUGAAGAGAAUGCCACAAGUUGUCAAGAAGAGAAUAAUCGAAGAUGAUACAGAGAAGGAAGUCAUCGAUUAUAUUUUCCCCGACGAUGUCAAGUUGAAUAAGAAUGCUUCUAAAUUUUUAGAACUUGCCAAGAAAUGGAGCGAAACUCAAAAAUGA